UUUUUAUUCACAAACAAAUCUAUUUAGCUAUUGUCCGUGCCUGAGCGUUUGGGAGCUAUAGGAGGCAUCCAUGUCGAUGGCGUCUUCUUCUUCUUCUUCUCUUGCAACCCAAUCCUUUUAUACUUGGUUUUCUCUAUCUCACCCACUUCACCUCCCUCAACCUUAUCCACUUGUUCGCUCUUCACUCUGUCGAAAAUCCAUCUCUCUGUCCGCUACUUCCCCUUCUUCUCCUCCCAUUUUCCUCUCAUGUUUCGACGACCCACCACCACCACCAAAUGUUCCGGAACCAGAUAAUCCGACAACUAUUAGCGAAGAAGUAGAUGAUGAUGAAGACGAAGAAGACCCAAUUCUCAAAUUCUUCAAGUCACGAACUUUAAAAGCAGAGGACCCUCCUCAAGAAUCCAAAUUCUCCCUCCAGAAGAAUCGUCGAACCUCCUGGCACUUAGCUUCCGACUUCUCCGACCUUGAAACCGAAAUCGAGCCCGACCCAACAAAAUCCGCCUCUGUAGCAAACCAGCAAACACUUGGUGUGCACAACAAUACACCCUCUGUCGCUGUGGAAAUCCUGGAAACAGCUAAGAAUCUGACAGAGAAUCAAACUCUAGGAGAGAUGUUAGCAGGUUUCGAAAAAAGGGUCAGCGAGAAAGAGUGCGUAGAGGCAUUAGUGAUGAUGGGUGAAUCUGGUUUCAUCAAGAGCUGUUUGUACUUGUACGAGUGGAUGAGUCUGCAGAACCCCUCACUCGUUUCGCCUCGUGCUUCCUCUGUGUUGUUUACAUUGCUCGGUAGAGAAGGAAUGGCUGAUAUGAUUCUGCUUCUUCUUCGUAAUCUACCUGACAAGGAUGAGUUCAGAGAUGUUCGUCUCUACAACGCCGCCAUUUCUGCACUCUCAGCUUCUCAAAGUUAUGAUGAUGCUUUGGAAGUUUAUGAGUCCAUGGAUAAGAUCAAUGUCCAUCCAGACAGUGUUACAUGCGCUGUAAUGAUCACCACAAUGAGGAAAGCAGGACGAACUGCGAAAGAAAUCUGGGAGAUAUUCGAGAAAAUGAGCGAGAAAGGUGUGCGUUGCUGGAGUCAGGAUGUUUUCGGCGCCCUUGUGAAAUCCUUUUGCGACGAAGGGCUUAAAGAAGAAGCUCUUGUGAUACAAACUGAGAUGGAGAAGAGAGGAAUACGUUCAAACACCAUAGUGUACAACACGUUGAUGGAUGCUUACAACAAGUCCAACCACGUUGAAGAAGUGGAAGGUCUUUUCGCUGAAAUGAGAGGUAAAGGGUUGAAGCCCACAUCCGCAACUUAUAACAUUCUUAUGGAUGCUUAUGCUAGAAGAAUGCAACCUGAUAUCGUAGAGACCCUUCUGAAGGAGAUGGAGGGUUUAGGUUUAGAGCCAAAUGUGAAAUCCUACACGUGUUUGAUUAGUGCGUAUGGUAGGACGAAGAAGAUGAGUGAUAUGGCUGCUGAUGCUUUCUUGCGGAUGAAGAGAGUAGGUUUGAAACCUACUUCACAUUCUUACACAGCUCUUAUUCAUGCUUACUCUGUUAGCGGGUGGCACGAGAAAGCUUAUGCUUCCUUUGAAGAGAUGUGUAAAGAAGGGAUUAAACCGUCGGUUGAAACGUACACGUCGCUUCUCGAUGCGUUCAGAAGGUGUGGUGAUGUAGAAAAGCUGACGGAGAUUUGGAAACUAAUGCUGAGAGAGAGAAUACAAGGGACAAGGGUGACAUAUAACACUCUUCUUGAUGGGUUUGCGAAACAAGGUCACUACAUUGAAGCGAGGGAUGUUGUUUCCGAGUUUGGUAAAAUGGGUUUGGAGCCGACUGUUAUGGCAUACAAUAUGCUGAUGAAUGCUUACGCAAGGGGAGGACAAGAUUCGAAACUGCCACAGCUGUUGAAAGAAAUGGCUGCUCUCAACUUAAAACCUGAUUCCAUCACUUAUUCGACCAUGAUCUACGCUUUUGUCCGUGUCCGAGACUUCAAAAGAGCAUUCUUUUACCACAAGAUGAUGGUUAAAAGCGGGCAAGUACCAGACCCGAGGUCAUAUGAGAAACUUAGGGCCAUUCUUGAAGACAAGGCAAAAACAAAGAACAGAAAAGAUAAAAAUGCUAUACUUGGUAUUAUCAAUAGCAAGUUCGGUCGUGUUGAAGCUAAGCCCAGAGGAAAGAAGGACGAGUUCUGGAAAUACAAGAGGAACCGAACAUCUUAUAAACCCCAAGCGUAGCCUGUUAAGCUAUUUAAAUGCCAUAGUAUUACAUAGUGAAGAUGUAAGUCUAGUUCAGUUCAUGUAAUAUAUAUUUCUUGUUUAUAGGAGA